GGAAAACCUCGCGCGACAAGAAAUCCAAGCCUUCAACUCUUUCAACUCAUUUUCAACCAGCUUUCAACUCUCAGUUCGACUGCCCUUCUCGUUCAACAACCAACACCACAAACCAGCAUAAUGACUCUACGGACCGGAUUAGCAUACGGCCGAGUAUGGCACCUAGUCGACGCCCGCGACAAAGUCCUCGGCAAGCUCGCGCAGCGGAUAAGCAUAGCCCUGCGGGGGAAGUAUAAGCCUAUUCAUCACCCAUCGAUCGACGCAGGAGAUUAUGUCGUAGUAGUGAACGCCCGCCACGUCGCGCUGACCGGAAAGAAGGCGACACAGAAGAACUACUUCUGGCAUAGUGGAUGGCCUGGGGGUGUUACGAACUUGACGUACAACAAGUUUGCGGAGGAGCAUCCUACUGGGCCGUUAAAAAAAGCAGUCUACGGCAUGCUCCCGAAAAACGGCCUACGAAAAGUGCAAAUGGGCCGUCUGUUCAUCUUUGCAGACGAAGACCACCCGUAUGCGCAGAACAUUGUGAAAUCGUAUGUGGAUGAGGAGGGGCCGGAUGCGUUGGGUGUGCUGCCGCCGAUUGAGGCGGGGAAGGAUGUGGGGGGCCAAAAGAAGUCUGCGUAGGGGUUUCUGCGGGAGAAGAGGGAGCUUGGGGUCUCCGAUGCAAAGGACCUCUGGAAGGGGGAUGAACAUGUAUAUAGACGCAUAUUAUUUACUGCAAUAUUUAGACGGGUUCCUGCAUCGCACACAUCGGAUUGGGUUCGGGCGUUCAUCUUCCUCGAGAAAAAGG